CACCGGCAGUCAAUAGAUGCCGGAAUUUUCAGUUCCCCUAAUCAAAUCUGGGAAGUCCCGGCGACUUUUCACCGGAAAGAACUGAUUGUCGGAGAAUUCGAGUACCCGAUGGAUCAUAAUCGAAGACCCAGAAGCGUUCUGGAGACUUUAGGCGAAGAAAUCAUCAGAAUCAUCACGCCUGUCUCGAUAUGCAUGUUCGUGGUCGUUCUUCUGGUCUGUGUCCUAAACUCCGAGUCGUCGUCUUCAUCCGCCUCUGUCUCCUCCAUCGCCACCGCAGCUUACGCCGAGAGCGAUUCCGACUCUUCCUGGGACAAAUUCGUCGGUGCCCUUUUGAACUCUCUCGUGUUCGUCGCUGUUAUCACCGUCGUGACCUUCCUUUUGGUGCUUCUCUUCUAUCUCAGAUGCGUUAGGUUUCUGAAGUACUACAUGGCCUUCUCCGCUUUCAUCGUUUUAUGGAUCUUGGGCGGUGAAAUCUCUGCAUUUCUGAUCGAGAAUUUCAGAAUCCCAAUCGACUGCGUCACGUUUCUGAUCGUUGUAUUCAAUUUCGCCGUCGUCGGUGUCUUGGCCGUGUCCAUGUCGAAGUUCUCUAUUUUCGUCACCCAAGGUUACUUGGUUUCGAUCGGAGUUUUGGUCGCUUACUUCUUCACGCUCUUGCCUGAAUGGACAACUUGGGUCCUUCUUGUCGCCAUGGCAUUGUACGAUCUUGCUGCUGUUCUUCUCCCUGUCGGGCCAUUGCGGCUCCUCGUAGAAAUGGCCAUAUCUAGGGACGAAGACAUUCCCGCUCUGGUCUACGAAGCUCGCCCGGUAAUCCAUGACGACUCGGGUUUGGUUCAAAGGAGGGUGUGGAGAGAACAAAGAACUAUCCAUGUGAAUCCUGGUGUUGUAACUGAAAACCUUAACCGGGAGGAUGUAAGAUUGGCCGGAGCAGAAGAAGGGAUGAUGGUUUCUGGUGGAAGUUCAGAGCUUUCCAUGCCACUGAUCGAUCAUGGUCACAGACCCGGCACUGAGAGUUCAGUUCAAGUUGAGAAUUUUCUGGAAGGAAUCGGGUUAGGAUCAUCGGGUGCGAUCAAGUUAGGGCUUGGGGACUUCAUCUUCUAUAGCGUUUUGGUUGGCAGAGCCGCAAUGUACGAUCUGAUGACGGUUUACGCCUGUUAUCUGGCCAUCAUAGCCGGUUUGGGAAUCACUCUCCUGCUCCUGGCGGUUUAUCAGAAGGCCUUGCCGGCUCUUCCUGUAUCAGUCAUGCUCGGUGUGUUGUUUUACUUCAUGGCACGGCUGUUGCUCGAAGAAUUCGUUGUUCAGUGUUCUUCGAACCUGGUGAUGUUCUGAAAGGAUGGUAAUCCAGGUUGGGUGAAGAUCUGUUCUUAUUUGGUAAAUCUGAAGCAUAAAAUGUAGGAUAUUGGUAUUCAGGUUGAGUGAAGUUGUUAUUCUUUUCAUGAAAUUGCUCUGUUUUCUUGAUGAAUUACUGCAAAAUCCUUCUUGUU